ACACCAAAUAAUAAUCACGAGCAUAUAAGAAAAAAUGAAACUGAUUGAGAAUCAAUACAAUUGAAGCCGUAAAUCAAUCUAAAGAACUAUUCCUAAACUUUCUUUUGCAAAUUAAAAAAUAGAUCAUGUAAAAUUCUCGUCAAAUUCACGAUCCCCAUUCCCCACCUAAUUUCGUAAUGUAACUCCCGAGCAUGGUUGUCAUGCCGGUGGCAUGCCACCUGGUUGAACCUGGUUUAACUUGUGCCGGUCAUGAAACCAGCAUGACACCACCGGUAUAGCCGGUAUGAUCGACUUACGCAUUCUAAGUAAAAUGACAUCAUUUUAAUGAAUUUAAUGAAUAAAAAAAUUAAUUUAUUAUUCCUUGUAACUAAAUUGUCCACAAAUAUGUUUUAUAUAUGUUUAAAUGCGUUAAAUAUUAAUUUUUUCACAUUUUUUAAACCGGCAUGAACCAGCACAAACUGGUUAUACCACCGGUCGUACCAUUUCACUUGCUAAACUGGCACAACGGUAUAAACCGGUUUGACAACCUUGCUCCCAAGAGUAAAAAACAGGUUACCGAUAGGAUUAAAAAUGGGAAAAGCAAGUUGCUUUGUGGGCCAAAAAAAAUUCGGCCCCUCAAUUCUCUUCCUUAUGGAGACGAAGAAAGAUGAAUCAUUCUUGGAAGACAAGAGGAGAGGAAUGAGGUUUGACCAUGGAGAAUAUGUUUGUCCAGAAAACGAAGGUAGUGGUUUAGCGGUUUGGUGGAAAGAUGAUGUUGAAGUGUGUGUGAUUGAUAGGUAUAAGUCCUUUAUGGACAUUAGCGUUAGUCAGAAUGGAGUGGUUUUCUUUUGUACCUUAGUCCAUGCUCCUGCCACGGCGGUGGAGAGAAGGACUUUUUGGGAUCGACUUUCGAGCCUGAGGGAGACUCAAGACGAGUCAUGGCUCAUUGUUGGCGAUUUGAAUGUGGCCAUGUUCCCCCAUGAAAAGCAGGGGCGUUGUCCCCUAAGAAAUGAAAAUGUAAUCCCGUUCAAAAGUUUUAUCGACAGCAAUGUUCUCAUUGAUCUUGGCUUCUCGGGGGAGGCUUUCAUCUGGACCAACAACCAGCAGGGGGGGAUUUGAUCAGGGAAAGGCUUGAUCGUGCUCUAUGUACCUCUAGCUGGCUCAGAACCUUUGAGAAAGCAAGAGUCGUCCAUGAAGACUUUGUGAACUCGGAUCAUUGCCCGAUCAGAGUGGAUCUCCACCACUACAAACCAGUUACCUGCACUCCGUUUCGCUUUGAUAAGCGAUGGAAGGAAAAUGAGGAGUGCAAGCGGAUUGUCAGUGACCGAUGGGGCACCGGAGGUCCAGUUCAGGGGAUCUUGAGUGAUUGCCAAAGAAACAUCAUGGCCUGGGCAAAAAUGGACAGAACGCAGAAACUGAAAAGAGAAAAGGAAUUGAGACAAAGAUUACAAGAGCUUCAGGGUCCGAUAAGGACCCAGGAUAUUAUUGAGGAAGAAAGUUUUCUGCUUUGGGAACUUGACAAGUGGUGGACCUCAGAAGAAUCCUUCUGGGCUCAGAGAUCAAGAAAUGGUUGGCUCCAAGAAGGAGACCAGAACACUGGAUUCUUCCAUGCAUCUACAAUUCGAAGAAAACACAGGAACAGAAUUCUGAAGCUAAGAGAUGCGCUUGGGAACUGGUUGGAUAAACCAGAUGAGUUGGAUCAUCACGUCAACGACUUCUAUCGACAUCUGUUUGAGAGUAGAAGAGGGAGCUUUGACCAUUCACUGUUAACGGGGUUCCCUGCGCUGGUCACUGAUGAGAUCAACAAUACCCUCACUGCUCAAAUCACAAAGGAGGAAGUUCGCAAGGCUGUUUUCCAGUUGGGGGCAAACAAGGCCCCGGGCCCUGAUGGGUUCCCAGGCCACUUUUUUCGGACCUACUGGUCAUGCAUUGAGGAUAUCUUCUGCAAAGAGAUCUUCGAUUUUUUCAGGACAGGGAUUAUGACAGAGGGCUGGAAUGAUACCUUCAUCACUCUCAUUCCUAAAGUGGACCAUCCCGAGAUGAUUGGCCAGUUUAGACCAAUAAGCUGCUGCAAUUUCCGUUAUAAAGUCAUUACGAAGAUUAUGACCAUUAGACUACAACCAUGGCUGCCAAAUCUGGUGAAUGAACUUCAAGCUGCUUUUACAGGGGGAAGACAAAUCCAAGAUAACAUUGUUAUUGUCCAUGAAGUCUUGAACCAGUUUAAGAAGAACAAGAAGAAGAAAAAGAAAGAAAUGAUGCUGAAACUUGAUAUGAAGAAGGCGUACGAUCUGGUGGAAUGGGACUUCCUCAUAAACCUUCUCAAGGCUUAUGGUUUCAAUGAUACAUGGUGCGGAUGGGUGCAAGCAUGCAUCUCCACAGUGAAGUUCAGACUCCUGUUCAAUGGAGCCCCUUCGACUGAUUUUACUCCUUCACGAGGCAUCCGGCAGGGGGAUCCAUUGUCCCCGCUCCUCUUCAUCCUGAUGUCCAACUCUCUGUCAUUCAUGAUAGAAAAGGCUGCACAAAGACAAUUUAUUAAGGGCAUCAAAUUGAACAGAGAAUGCCCUAUUCUUACUCACUGCCUGUUCGCGGAUGAUACCGUCAUCUUUGGAGAAGCAUCAGUUAGGGAGGCUGACAACAUCCUCAGCAUUAUCCAUGACUACGGAUCGAUCACUGGACAGGAGGUCAAUAGAGAAAAGUCAUCCAUGUUCCUCAGCAUUAUCCAUGACUAUGUACCUCUAGCUGUCUUCUGUAGUAAGUAGUAACAUAAGUGGAACAACACAAAGCUAAGCUAGACAGAAAUCUUUUAUUUUUCUAUUCAAACUUUAAAAAAAAAAUUACUUGUAUAUAAAUGAAAAAUUGAAUUAAUGUGUCGAAGGCGGGGGGUGAUUUGUUGGUAUUAAUUUGUACUUAUAUAUAUAUAUCAUCUUUGAAGUAGUAAAAUUUUAAAUGAGUAAAUCGAUAGGUUUCGAUCCAAUAAAUAAAAGUAUCAUUCACAACAACUAUAUGUAGUAGCAUCUACAUGACAUGUGAUCUUCGUCCAAAGCUAGCUUUUUUAUAUAUAUGUUUUAGCAGAACAUCUUUUGACACCAAAUAAUAAUCACGAGCAUAUAAGAAAAAUGAAACUGAUUGAGAAUCAAUGCAAUUGAAGCCG